AUCCCAAAGGGAUGUUUCCGACAUCUUGCGGAAUCCAGGCCAGGAAGUAUUGAGGCUGUUUUGGGAGCAAAAGGGCCAGUAUUAGUACGGUGUUCCUAGUAAAGUGCUCGGUGAGUGUAGUUUAGACAGUGGUGUGCUUUUACCGUUUGUGUCAACACUUUUAAGGGAAGCACUUGCCUGAACCACAGCAACGAUUUUCCCAGUUUGAUGAAAAAAGCCCUUAACCUAACCUACAUCUGUGAGAUAAACCGGGACGCCGACUGCGAGCCAGGCGUUAUCAUCCAACACUAUCGUUGGACAUCACUGCUGCUGUGGCUGAAUUGGAUCAAAUCCCUGAAGCCAGGUUCCAAAAUCUGGUUUGAAAGUUUUCUUUUUCCAGAAGAAUGGAGGCUGUUACCAAUUUCCCUUGGUUUUGGAAUGAGACGUUCAACAAUAACACAUGGGCCAUCAGUUCUUUGAAUAAAUAUCCACUACCGCUACAAAACGCCAGAGAGGCAAAGAUCCUCCAAAGCUUUGGGGACGGGAUCUGUAAAAUACUGGAUGAAAAACUACAAAGAUACUUGAGUGAAAACGGUCCAGACGCUCCUAUACAUUCGCUCCCUAAAGGAGCGCCCCCUCCCGGCAGAUCGGACAACAACAGCCUGGCUCCGUCCAGAAAGAAGAAUGCUGCGGGGGAUCAAGGGAAGGAUAAAGGGGGAGGACGAGGAGGGAGGAAGAAGAGGGAGUACGUGCCUCAGAAGCGGUCUGGGGGCUAUGCUGUGCUGCUCACCCUUUACAGACAGUCACAGAUCCCAGGUAGUAAAGGUUACAUGUUUAAGAUGGAGCUACAAGCUGAAGCUCAGCUUCUCUGUGAUAAGUCUUUUAGUGUGCCAGAUCUAGGCAGUAAGUACACCGCCUGGUCUUCCGUCAGCACUCUGAUCCAAAAGAACCUGGUGAUAAAGACCCACAAUCCUGCAAGGUAUUCUCUGACUGAAGAGGGUCUGGCUUUGGCUGAGCGACUGGAGUCAGCAGAGCAUGGGACUACAGACGGGCCAGAGGGGGGCAGAGUGGAAGUUAGGAGUGAAGGAGAGGAGGCGGGGGAGGAAGGGGAAGAGGAAGGUGGUCCCGGGGUGGUGGAUCUUACUGGUAGUGAUGAAGAUGAAGAGGAGAAGGAAGAGGACAGAAUGCACCCCGCAAAGAGGUCGGCCUGUGUCUCCCAGCCAGGGCGUGAGGUGGAUGGGAUGGGUUUGGACUCUCAGACGAGAAGCACAAAGCCCAAUGGAGGAUGCCUUCUACCCGGAACCUAUGAAAUUAUACUCUGUGUUGACUUCAUUGAAACUACUGGCGGCAGCAACCACCGUAAACAGGAGCUGGUCAAAGAGCUUCAGAGAAACGGAGUCAGCUUUGAUGUCAGGAAACUAAACGUUGGGGACUUCCUGUGGGUGGCUCGGGAAAAGGUCGCACCCAUUCCAGGUCAGUUGCGAGCCCCCGCAGGCAGGGAGCUGGUCCUUGAUUACAUUAUCGAGAGGAAGAGGAUCGACGACCUGUGUGGCAGCAUCAUCGACGGACGCUUCAGGGAACAGAAGUUUCGGCUGAAGAGGUGCGGUCUUCGUAGGCCCGUCUAUCUGGUAGAAGAGUGUGGGACGGCUGCCUCCCACCUGAGUUUACCUGAAACUACACUGCAGCAGGCCAUAGUCAACACACAGGUGGUUGAUGGCUUCUUUGUGAAGAGAGUCCAGGAUGUGAGGGAGUCUGCGGCCUACCUCACCGUCAUGACCCGAUACCUGACUAAACUGUACCAGAACCGUACGCUGAUCUGUCGCUCCAGAGAGCUGGAGGGUGAUGAAGGGAGUGAUGAGGAGGAAAGAGGGAUCCCCUCCUGCUCGCUCAUUUCUUUUGCCGAAUUCAACCAUGGGGCAGUUAAAAACAAGUGUCAGACAGUGAGAGAGGUGUUUGCCAGGCAGUUGAUGCAGAUUAGCGGUUUGUCUGGAGACAAGGCAGCAGCUAUACUGGAGCAGUACAGCACUCCCUACAGUCUUCUGACCGCCUAUGAACAGUGUGCAAGUGAAGCAGAGAAAGAGAAACUCCUCUCUUCCGUCCGAUACGGGAAGCUCAAAAGAAACCUGGGCCCAGCUCUGAGCAGAACAGUUUAUCAACUGUACUGUACACAAGGAACACUGUCAUAAAUGCACACAGUCACAGAUGAACACUUUGUGGCACUCGUUCAGAUAUUUUCUGUCUCAAAGAUGGAUGCAAACUCAAGCUCGCUCACCUUGUACUGUGAUUACAUUUAGUCCUGAAUUUUCAGUUCCUCAUUUGCUUGAACAGAAUUACUUUAAGAAUGGUUGCCUACAUGUAUAUGUAAGCGUAAAGAUGCUGCUAUAUUUGGAUAACUUUAAAAUAUUCCUAAAGAAAACUUGUACAAUUUCACAAAUUUAUCCUGAUACUGGAUCAAUAAAGUUUUUACUUUGAAUAAUA